AUGCUACAGGACAAGUACAGGCCAGAGACACUGGCGGAUAUGGACAGAAUUCCGGCUGCCCGAAUUCUAAGUGCACUUCCAUUUAGCUCGAUCUCAAACAUUAUCUUUGUAGGCCCGGAAGGCGCUGGAAAGCGAACUCUUUUCUCGGCUUUCCUCAAGCACACCUUCGGCACAACGUCUUCAUUCUUUUCAUACACCUCUACAUUAGAAGUAUCCCCCUCUAAGUCAAUUGAAGUAGAAAUCUUAGAAAGCAAGGAGGUCAUGGAAAUAAAGCUAGACGGCUUAGGAACAUAUGAUAAAAAGGUUCUUCAGAAGAUUGCCACCGACAUAUCUGCCACAAAAUCCAUCAAGAAUCUUAUCAAAGCGCACGAGCAUGACCAGAACUCUGAAAACAGCGCUCCUAUGCCUGGAAAAGCUAUGCAUCCCAAAAUACUUCUUAUUCCAGACGGCCAUCUACUGAGCACAGGCGCACAGAUGGCUCUUAGGCGCAUUCUAGAAAAAGGAGCUGCAAACUUUCAGCUAGUUCUUUUAACAACGACUCUCUCCCACAUAAUUCCUGCUUUUAAAAGUAGGUUCCUUGUGUGCCGCGUUCCUGCUCCUUCUAGAAACGACAUUGCAUCUUUAGUUAGCCGCAUCUCAGCGCAGGAGAAAGUAGAUAUAUCUGAAGACACUUGCACCGAGAUCGUUGAUAUGUCGGGUAGAAACAUGCGCAUAGCACUGUCCAUUAUGGAGCUAGCUGUGCAUAAAGAGCCUAUUUCCAUAUCCCCGUGGGAUAUGACUAUACGAGACAUAGUGCGUGGCGUGCAGAUAACUCCAUCGGUCAAGUGCCUGGUUGAAAUACGCGCUCUGCUAUACAGCCUACUGUGCAACCAUCUUCCUGCAACAUAUAUUGUUGAGUCUAUUCUGCAAGGAGUUUUAAAGAACGAGAAGAAAGUUGAAAAAGCAAGGAAAAUUACAGAAAUUGCAUCUAAGUAUACGGCUAGGCUUGGCGCAGGCACUAAAGAUCUCUUCCAUAUUGAGGCUUUUGUUGCAAAUUUAAUGUCUUUAUACGGUAAGUAG